AUGCAGAACACGGUGCAAAAUUCGAGUGCAGUGACGGGUCAGGUCUCUACGGAGACCAAUAUCUCUCAGAUAAUUACCACUUCUGAACCGAUGAGUAAUGAGAAAAGAAUGAACUUUGAAGAGGAGAGGACUCGACUGUACGCCCAAUUGAAUGAAAAGGACGACGAGAUCGACAAAUACAGUCAGCAGUUGGAGAAACUUAAGCAACAAGUGGUAGAACAGGAAGAGUUGAUCGCCUCUUCUCGACGAGACAACGAACGCCUCCAACAGGAAAACGAAUCCGCAAAUAAAGAGGUGACACAAGUUCUGCAAGCGUUGCAGGAAUUGGCCGUCAAUUAUGACCAGAAAUCACAAGAAGUUGAAUCACGAAAUCGAGAGUUUGACACUUUGAGUGAAGCUCUAGACGCAAAGUUAAGCGCAAUGAAUAUCUUUCGAUCGGAAUCAACGCAAAUGAAGGAACAAAGUCUCCUACAGAGGAACCGACUCAACCCAAUGCUCACACAUUUAAUGAAAGAUUUAGGAGAAGUGGGUAUUAUUUUAGGGGCUAAUUCGAGCUCUAGUAUCGGCGAACUCAAAAUGGCCGGAGAUUGCAAUAAAAUAGAAGACGAAUUCACUGUCGCCCGACUAUACAUCAGUCAAAUAAAGAGUGAGGUCAAGGCAAUGACUUUGCGAACGCAACACAUGGAAUGCCUUCAGACGACUUGCAAUAAAAAGAUUGAAUCGUACGAAAAAGAUUUGGCCGAAAGUAAGCUUCUUAUCAGUGAAUACGAAGCGAAGAUGAAGUGCUUACAAGAGUCGAUGCGUGACAUCGAGAACACGAAGCAUUCGCUCAAAGAAGCUGUGGAUCAUCUGAACGAAGAGUGCACUAAACUUAAAGCGGCCGAAGGGUUGCGUGACGUGACCACCAAAGAGAAGCAAAAAGAAAAGGAUUCGAUCGAGAAGAUGAAGAAAGCGUUGGAACAACAGAUUGAGAAACACCGGGAAAACCAUAUAAAACACUUGUCAGCGCUCAGGGAUGAGAUCGCAGAGAAACAGUCAAUCAUUGAUCAGUUAACAGAAGCGAAUCAAAAGCUGACAUUAGCUCAGGAGGGUCUUCAACUCGAAACCAACAAACUCAAGUAA